UUCAUUCGUUUGUACAGGUAUCCAUGGUUUCAUUCAACGAUGAAUGAAUGAAUGAAUGAGCCAGCUUUUUGGUGUGGCCAUUUCAUGUUUAUUAUUCGUGUGUGUGUGUGUGUGUGUGUACAUAUUUUGUUUUGUAUUGAUGAGUGUUGUUGUUAUAUUCGGUUUGAAAUAUGCCAUAUGCAGGUCGGUGCUCUUUAUUUCUAUCUUUCUACAUCCACUAUUCACUAUUGGAUUUUUUAAACACACAGUGUUUUUUUUUAUAAUUUAUUUUGGCAAUUUGUAAAAAAAAAAAAAAUCUCGGUGAAUUAUACAUAUGAAUUUUAGUUUUGAAACAACGUAUAAAAAGAAUCACAAAAAAUGUCUUCAGUGGAUGGUGUAUCGGUCGUAUCGGAAGGACCGACAAUGCGUAAAUAUCGUUAUCGUACAUCAUUUCUAUUGAUAACCGCUUCAUAUACUGGAUUAAUCGGUUUGAUUACAAUAAUCAUCGCAUUUUCAAGCCCCUAUUGGCUUUCAUCUCAUAAAUAUACCUAUAGUUCAUUUGUACGAUUAGGAUUAUGGACAUUUUGUUUUGAUCAUUAUAAACAUCCACCAUAUCAAUAUGAUGAAACAUUCACUGGUUGUCGUUGGAUUUAUGAUCCAAAAUAUCAUAAUAUUCGUGAUUGGCUUCAGCCAGGAUGGUUCAUAUUCGUACAGGUGAUGAUUACAUUCUCAAUACUAUUCUCUAUCGCUGCCUUAAUGGUCAUAAGCAUACCUAUUAUGCAUUUUUUAAUACGUUAUAAUGUUGUCAUGAUUGGCCUUGGUUCUUUGCUCAAAUUGCUAUCUGCUAUAUUUGGUUUCAUAGGCUGGUUAGUGUUUGCUAUAAAACAUGAUGUACGAUCAUGGCUAAUGAAUCCACGAUUCAAUCAUCUGGAUUGGUCAUUCUAUUUGGCUAUAUUAUCAACAUUAAUAAAUACAUCAGCUGCAAUCAUGUUGGCAAUUGAAAUGCGAAGAGCACGACAAAAACGUCAACGUUUUACGAAUCUUGUAUACAACAUGCAUCAUCCAAGAUCAAUAGGAAGUGGUACAACCAAUGGAUUUGAAACAAUACCGCUAAAAACUCCUCCACAGCCACCAUUAUCGACAACGGGACCAAGUCCUCAUUAUCAUAGCCGACAACAACAUCAUCAUCAUCAUCAACAAUCUCAUCCUCAUCAUCAUCAUCAUCAACAACAAGGAGCACGAUCACCAAUCGAUUCUAUACAUUCAUCACCAUAUGCAUCGAUAUCAAGAUUUUCACAACAACAACAACAGCAGCAGCAGCAGCCAAUGACGCCACAAUCACAGACAAGUUCAAGACAGUUUACAUCUGUUUAGGUUGGAAACGGUUGUGUUUUGGGAAUAUAUUUGUUUUAUGGACUCACAAACAUCAUCAUCAUCGUCAUCAUCAUCAUCAUUAUUAUUAAUGACAUUAAUC